AUGCAAGAAGAAAAUUUGAAGAAGACACAAGCCACUGCAGAGGGGAGUAAAAGAACUUUUCUAUUGAUGGAAUCUUCAGCUUUCAGGUCUCUACAGAGAAGUAUUGAUAUGGUUGCCUUGAUGUAUCUUCUUUCAAAUAUAUUUGUUUUAACUUCGUCCUUGCCUUCAGCUGAUGUCAGCACAGUAAUCUCCGGAUUUGUAGAUGAAGAUGUGAUCCUGCCCUGCUUCUUCCCUGCUAAUGAGAGAUAUCCUCACUCAACAAUUACUGUUUUCUGGAAAUUUAAAAGUGAAAACAUUCCUGUUCAUUAUGUCCUUGAAGGGGUAUUUCAAAGUCAAAUUCAGGAUGAAAGAUUUACUGAACGCACAAAGCUUUUU